AUGAAGAGCGCUGGAUGCAUGCGACUGACUGUGGCGCUCGCAAUCACGACAUGGAGAGCAGCAGCCUUCAUAGCACCCCACACCAAGCGAGCACCACUCCUCGCACCGCUGCCAAUGGGCUUCCCGGUGCCGCGGCGCGGCGCCGGCGUCGUUGGGCGACGCGUCGGCAAGCUGCUGACCUUCCAGGGUAAGAACCUCGUGAAGGCGGGGUCUCGCCUGGUCAAGAGCUCGGCCAACUCGCGGACGAUGAAGUCGGCGACGCGCGUGUUGAAUCGAGUGGGCAAGAAGUGGUCGAUCCGGCCGCAACUGAGCAAGAUGGGCGAGAUCCUGCGGCCGCUCGGCAAGCUGCUCGAACCGCUCACAGAUAAAAUAGGGUGGCAGCUCAUGGCGUUGGCCGCCUAUUUCCUAGGAGCCUGGGCCUUCUGGCACCGGACGCAGGGCUGGUCCAUUCUAGAAAGUUUGUACUACGGCGUCGUUACCUUAACGACGGUGGGGUACGGCGACUACUGCGCGAAGACGCGGUCCGGCAAGCUGUUCGCGACGGCCUAUAUUGGUAUUGGUGUUACAUUAGUGGCCUCCAUUUUAGUAGGAGCCGUCGCGAAGAACCUGAGCGCGGCGGAAGAGCGGCUGGCCCAGCGCCUGAAGGAGCAGGCCGAAACUUCCGGAGACAAGACGACGAAGCCCUGGAAGGAACUGGCGUCCUUUGCGCUAUUGCUUCUGAACAUUGUGGUGGGCGCGACGUACAUGGCGUUCUCCGAGGGCUACUGGGGCGGGAAAGGCGGCUGGGAGCACCCCAUCGUGGACGCGUUAUACUGGUCGGUGGUCACGGCCACCACGGUCGGUUACGGCGACCUGCCGCUGAACCACGCCCGGUCGAGGCACUUUUCCGUCGUGUAUCUCCUCAUUUCCACGACGCUCUUAACGGACUGCAUCGGCCACGUCGCCGCGCGCGCCGUCGCCGCAAAGAAGGAAAAGGUCCUAGCCAGGGAACUUUCUCCAGAAAUGAUCCGGGAGAUGUCGACCAUCGAGGGCGCGGGGUCGGAAAUCACGCGCGUCGAGUACCUGUCCUCCGUGCUCGUCGAGGCCGGCACCGUCGAGCGGACGGACGUCGACGCGAUCCUGGCGCGUUUUGAUGAGUUGGACGUGUGCCGGAGCGGCACGCUCGACGAGGCGGACAUCCGCAUGGCGGCGAUGAAGGAGUUCUACGACACUCCGGGGAUCAUCAAAAAGGAGCCGUCGACGCGGUCGAGGAAGCUGCUGGAUAGGUUUCGGAGGCCUAAAAA